GCUUCAUUUUCUGAUCUGCUUUUGUGCUAAAAUGGAGGCUGGCCUCUCGCCCUGAGUGGAUCGCCUUCCUGGUUGAGGUUUAGAUGUUGACAUGCAAUAAAUCUGGAGACAGGAUGGUUGUGGAUGCACCUAAUUCCAAUGGGCCUUUUCAGCCGGUGGCUCUUAUGCACUUCAGAGAUGUGGCCCCUGCAGAGCAGGAGAAGCUCUUCAUCCAGAAGCUAAGACAGUGCUGCGUUCUCUUCGACUUCCUGUCCGACCCGCUGAGCGACCUAAAAUGGAAGGAAGUGAAGCGGGCGGCGCUGAGCGAAAUGGUGGAGUACAUCACCCACAACAGGAAUGUCAUCACAGAGCCCAUCUACCCGGAGGUGGUGCACAUGUUUGCGGUGAAUAUGUUCAGAACAUUGCCUCCUUCGUCAAACCCUACUGGCGCCGAGUUUGAUCCAGAGGAAGACGAGCCAACACUUGAAGCUGCAUGGCCACACCUCCAGCUUGUCUAUGAAUUUUUCCUUAGAUUUUUAGAAUCACCCGACUUUCAGCCUAACAUAGCGAAGAAAUACAUCGACCAGAAAUUUGUUAUGCAGCUCCUAGAACUUUUUGACAGCGAGGAUCCACGAGAGAGAGACUUCCUCAAAACUACCCUUCACAGGAUCUACGGAAAGUUCCUGGGGCUGAGAGCGUACAUCAGAAAACAGAUCAAUAACAUUUUCUAUAGGUUUAUCUAUGAGACAGAGCACCACAACGGUAUAGCUGAACUACUGGAAAUACUUGGAAGCAUAAUCAAUGGAUUUGCCUUACCACUAAAAGAAGAGCACAAGAUUUUCCUGUUAAAGGUUUUAUUGCCUCUGCACAAAGUCAAAUCACUCAGUGUCUACCAUCCACAGCUGGCCUACUGCGUGGUGCAGUUUUUAGAAAAGGACAGCACUCUAACUGAGCCGGUGGUAAUGGCUCUACUAAAGUACUGGCCAAAGACUCACAGUCCCAAGGAGGUGAUGUUCCUCAAUGAGUUGGAGGAGAUCCUGGACGUCAUCGAGCCCUCUGAGUUCGUUAAAGUGCAGGAGCCUCUCUUCAGACAGCUGGCCAAGUGUGUGUCCAGCCCGCACUUCCAGGUGGCGGAGAGAGCUCUCUACUACUGGAACAACGAAUACAUCAUGAGUCUGAUCAGCGACAACGCAGCAAAGAUUCUGCCGAUUAUGUUCCCCGCUCUAUACCGCAACUCUAAGACCCAUUGGAACAAGACCAUCCACGGCCUCAUCUACAAUGCUCUGAAGCUUUUCAUGGAGAUGAAUCAGAAGCUCUUCGAUGAUUGCACACAGCAGUUCAGGGCUGAGAAAAACAAAGAGAAGGCAAAGUCAAAAGAACGCGAAGAGGCUUGGAUCAAAAUCGAGAACCUUGCGAAGUCAAAUCCACAGUUCUCUAUGUAUGUUGAUUCCUCUGACCUCAAUAGUCCUGUAGCAAUGGAGACGGAUAUCCCUUUGAUAGAAGAUGUUCAGAGGUUAAAAAAGACAGUUGAGGAGGGCGCGACUCAGUUGCAGCAUGAACAGCGGAAAGAACGGCCUAUGGUGCGACGCAAGUCUGAGUUGCCUCAGGAUAUCUACACCACAAAAGCCUUGGAGUCCCACCGCAGAGCUGAAGACAUGUUGACCACCCACGAUGGACUCUAAGUCCCCCCCAUCUGCUGGCUCUUGGUUCAACUGCCCCUUCUACCCUCGACAGCCAUGGACAUCCUCUUCGUCCAGGUGCCAGAAAAACACUGGCAACCCACGUUGGGCGCUCCAUCCCUCCUCCCACCAUCAAUUUACCCAGAAUCCUUAGUUCUCCUUCAUUCCUGCUACCCCAGUGCAGAAGCCCUGUAUCCACCUCUCUCAGAUUUCUGCUUUCUCAGGUUUUUUUCUUUAUUUGGAGAGGAGCGGGAGUGUGUGUGUCUUUUAGCCCUCGCCACAUUCAUUGUGUUCUCCAGUUAUUUCUCCAUCAGUUCCUCUUACCUUCCUUUCUCCUUCACCUCCCACCCCCCUUCCGUGCGCUCACUGUAAAUGUGGAACCUGGGACGGCACAACGCUGGUUCCUUCAUUCCUUCUCGUAAACAUGUUCACAGUGGAUUGGACAUGGAAACAUAGGAACUGACUGACUCACUGUCAAAGGAUCGUCUCUCGGUCUCUGCUCUUUGGUUUUCGUUUCUGUCAAAGGGAACAAAAAACAGAACCUGUUGGUCGGAUGAAAGACAAGACUUUCCUGUCAUCUGUUGUAUGGUUUCUUUAUUUUGUGCUCAAUCUAACGGACAUCUUGUCAGUGCCAAGACCGUUGUGUUCUUUGUUUGUUUCAUGUUUUCAUCUGUGACUUUAACAGGGACACUUGCCUUUUAUUCACUGGUGUUUAAGAGUUUUUGGUUAUUUUGUUUUGUUUAGUACACCAGACCAAACUGAGGCCUGUCCUUAGCCUUGCAAUGGCGAGGAAAGUAGAAGUUGUCCUGUGGACAUCUGAUACUUUCCAUUUUAUUGUUUUGUGCCAUAUACCACUCUUUUAUAUGCUUGCUUCCUUAUGUUCAUUGGCAAUAUUUGAAAACCAGACCAUAGUGAUGCCUAGGCAGUUCAAACAAUGGUACUAACUGUUUGUAAGUAUAGUAGAUGAAGAUGAACCUGAAUGAAAGGGGUGUGUGUGUGUGUGUGUGUGUGUGUGUGUGUGUGUCUUUGUAAAAAAAGAAAUAAUCCGAUUUAGUUUUUAUUGAAUGGAGGAGGAGGCACAGAUCUGUACUGUCACGCUGUGUCUCAGCACCUAAAAAUGAACUGAAAGUUGUCAGCAGCUGUUACUACGUUAAGAUUUUUGCUCAUUAUGUUCCUUUUUUUAAAGAGCAUGAAGGUGUAUUGGUACUGUAUACUAUAAAGAUAUUGUAAUGUCCUCUAAUUAAAAAUAGAAAUUAUUUUAUUAUCAAACAUAGGAGCCGGUGAUCUCAGUAGCUAUUAACAUACUGACAUUAAGUGAUUAAUACAAAAAUCUUGAGAGCUACCAGGAAAAAUGUAACUGUUUGGCCUGUUUGUGUUGUUACCAUUCCUAAUUUCAGGUGUUAGAGUGUCUGUCUGUUUGUCUGUCUCUAUCUCAGUCAGUACCAUUGUUUAAACUAAGGAGGUCUGCUACAGUUCUUCAUAUUUGAUGUUGUAUUUCUUUGUCUUUUCUCUGGAGGAUAGUGGCGUAGAUGUCAGGUUUUGGAUUUAUUUUUCUUCUGGCCAUUCAGGAUGCCCAACGCUGAAACACACUGGUAUCAAUAAUGGCCACAAAAAUGCCAGAUGCUGAAAAUAAACUGACAUCGUGACAUGGCUUGUUAACUGUAUUAAUACUGUAUUUGCUUGAAUGCAAAAAUCUGUAAAUUAAAACUACCAUGUUAAACAUGUACCGUUUACCCUGGAGGAAUGCCAUUCACCAAACUGAUUAAUUUCUGUUGUCGAGGUCAUUGCAUUUAUGAAAGUUCUGCUUGCUGGGAGAGAUGUUUUAUGGACUUUGAGUUUGAGUAAAGAAAUAUUUGAGGUUUAUUUUAGUGCUGAAAAACAAGUCGUCCGCGAUAAGAGAUGAUUUAAAAAUGAUUUGGUGGCUUGUUCUCUUUCUCUGCAGGAUCUUUGCAGAUCUUUUAAUUUUAACAUAUUUCCAAAACAUGAUAACUUAAAAGUGUCCUUUUGUAUGUGAUCUGUACUAUAUGACUCAUUUAAUAUUGUAUAUAUGAUUUACCUUGUUUCAUGUAGUGUUAUAUAUCUAGAUUAAUUUUGUACAAAUUGUCCCUCUGUACAGAAUAAAACCAAUAGCAAGUGAAAGAAGUCAAUCUGGCACAUACAGUCUUAUUUCUCCAGUUUUGGAUGUACUUUCAGCGACGCAACGAUUAAGAAAAAUGUUCUUAUUUUUUAUUAUCUGCAAAGUUUCCUCCCUCCUCCAUAUAACUGACAAAUGUUCAUGCCCGUUGUGUGCUCCUAUCACUGUCUUUAGUGGUGUACAACUAUAUAGAAUGAAUAAAAAGAUUAUUUGAA